GAACUUGGUCGUUUUUUUUUUUUUUUCUCGCCUUGAUGUGCAGCUGAUGACAGGGGCAAAACAACACUCGGACAGCUGCCCAUGUUAUCAACAUAUAGUCUCCACAGAACCGCGUUCAGCAGCUGCAUGUUGUCCGACGAGAACACGGCAGUGAACGGGAUGUAGCCAAUGAAAUGGAGUACGAUGAGAGACUUUCACAUUUCCGUCAAGCUCGCCUCAAUCCCUUUGAUCGCGGGGAAGAGGACGACCAUCCUGAAGGAGGGAAGGCGUCCCACAAACAUGAAGCAACUUCUGAGCUGUUCUCCGGGACCAAAACCCACAGUUCUGAUCGUACCAUGGACCUCGGUCUAGCUGAGGAUCAUUUCUCCAGACCCGUGGGUUCUUUCGUGGCCUCGGACGUGGAGCAGCUGAAACAGGCCAUAGAAGAAUGUAAGAAGAUGAUCUUGGAGCUGCCGGAGCAUUCGGAGAGGCAAAAAGACACCGUGGUCAAACUGAUCCACCUGCGACUCAAGCUGCAGGAGCUUAAGGACCCAGAGGAAGACGAGCCUAAUCUGAGAAUCAUCCUGGAGCACCGCUUUUCAAAGGAGAAGAGCAAGAGUGUGAAACAGACCUGUGACAAGUGUAGUACCAUCAUCUGGGGUCUAAUCCAGACCUGGUAUACCUGCACAGGAUGCUAUUACCGUUGCCAUAGUAAGUGCAUGAACCAGAUCACGAAGCCCUGCGUCCGGUCAAAGGUUAGCCACCAGUCUGAGUAUGAGCUGAGCAUCUGCCCAGAGAUAGGACUAGAUCGGCAGGACUACCGCUGUGCAGAGUGCCGCGCUCCUAUUUCACUGAGGGGUGUACCCAGCGAGGCCAGACAAUGCGAUUACACGGGUCAAUAUUACUGCAGCACGUGCCACUGGAACGACACGGCCAUCAUCCCAGCUCGGGUCAUCCACAACUGGGAGUUUGAGCCGCGCAAGGUCUGUCGCUCCUCCAUGCGUUACUUGACGCUCAUGAUGCCCCGACCUGUGCUGAAGCUGAAAGAAAUCAACCCGCUGCUAUUCAACUUCGUGGAGGAACUGGUUGAGAUCAGGAAACUCCGUCAUGAUAUUCUGUUGAUGAAACCCUAUUUCAUUACCUGCAAGGAGGCGAUGGAAGCUCGGCUGCUGCUUCAACUGCAGGAUCGCCAGCACUUUGUUGAGAAUGACGACAUGUACUCACUACAGGAUCUGAUUGACAUCUCCACCGGCAGGCUGAGCUGCUCCCUCACCGAGAUCCACACAACAUUUGCCAAACACAUCAAACUGGACUGCGAGCGUUGUCAGGCCAGAGGCUUUGUCUGUGAGCUUUGCAAGGAGGGAGACAUCCUGUUCCCCUUUGACAGUCACACCUCCGUGUGUCACGAGUGCUCCGCUGUCUUCCACAGAGACUGCUACUAUGACAACUCUACAACGUGUCCACGAUGUGCUCGAAUGACUGACCGCCAACAGGAUGAGGGGGAAGAAGAGAAAUGAGCUCGACUCCUGGAAGAAACACGCCGGUUGCUUUAAGUCAGCCACAUUAGGCCAAACUAGCUCCUCUUGGUCCCAAGUACAACUUGUUUUGUUGUCUUUUUCUCUUCGGUGCACUACGAUGGAAAACGCAGGAGCUAAAACGUUCAAAUCCCUGGCGUCCUGAAACGCUCCGUGUGUCUGAGGUGAUCCUGUGUUCCUGUUGGGAUAUUUGUGAUCACGGCUGCUUCUACAGGUUAACUUUUCAGUUCCCUUUACAGGAAUUUCCUAACGUCUGUUCGAAAGGAUGCCAGAAGGGCUCGGUUAUUGCUCUUCUUGCUGCGUUAUAAACAGAUUCUUUAUUACAAGAUUAUGAUGCAUUGAGCUGAAAUUCCCAGCUUCCGAUUUAUAACAUGACAAAAUGUUAACCAUUGUAAACUUCCUACACGUCAUCUUGCUUUGUAAGUUUCACAUAAAACCAGAACCAUGAGCUCAUAUAAAUGGGAAAUUACAGUUUGUAAUCCUGCAGGUUCUUUCAAAAUCAGAUUUUUUUUUAUUCAUAUCAAACUAUUAAUCAGUUUUAACAGUUUAUGGAAUAAACAAUAGUUAUAUUUACAGGGCAAACUCCUAUAUUUAUUUUCACCAUUGCUUUUACGUUUGUUUCCAUAUUUUCUGACUCUUAUCAGUCAGUGGUGGUGGGGAAAAAACAACAACUGUAAAGCUUCUAAAUAAAUUGGCUAAAAGAAAUCGAUUAAUACCAUACUCUGAAUCCAUACUAGCAGAUUAUUAACCAGAGCUUCCCUCUUCAGUACGGUUUGAACUAACGGAGCUGUCUCUGUUGUUUAAAGCUCUGAACUCAUUAGUACUUUCAGUUUUCUGGAGCUCAGUUCAGGGCGGUGUAACUAAUGAUGGACACUCCUGAACACCUCACAGCGGCUCUCAAACAUCUCGAUAUCACUGUGUUAAUGGUUUCAGUCUUAUGCUAUUGAGAACAAGUUCGGUGUAGACGUACAGUAAGUGAUAAUUUUGUGAUCAUUUUGUGAUAAUUUGAACAUAAAGUAUUUGUUUUAAAAUAUUAAUGUUGUUGGCUGUGUUAUUUUUCAGCAGCAUGAAGUACUGUAAAUAUGUUGUUUUUUUUAUGGUGAAACUAAUGAACAUACAUGACUUUGGUGAAAGUAAUGUAAAACAGCUGAUCAGUGCAUGAAUAAAUAAAGCUUUCUGGCUGAUGUUU